AUGGCUGUUAUGUCGGACCGCACGCAGACCUUUUUUCUCUCCAAUUCCUCUACAUCUCUUGCGGCACGCAAACUUUCCGCCCCGGUAGGCCCAUAUCAACCACCGAUAACUAGUUCAACUCAUGAUCAUUCGUAUGGUCGGGGCUCACUUCUUCCUAUGCCACCGAACUACAACGAAGGAUCAUGUUGGACCUUGGCAUCAGUGAGGUGCCUCAACCCGAGCCCCCCCGAAAGUCGACCUCGAACAAUUUCGGUUCAAGUGACCAAAGUUAGCCUCAGAAUGGAUGGUCGUUGGGCGGAGGAGAAACCCUACAUUCUGGAGAAAACUUGGGAGGAAUGGGUAGAUCUUAGGGAGCAGCUCAUUUCCCGAUAUCCAGAAACUGAGUCCGUAUUACCCAAGUUGUCUAAAGGCCAAGGCUUCCUGGAGUCAAUUUUUAACAACUCGAAGCGCAGCCAAAACAUCCAAACGUCGAACAUGAAGGAAUUGAACACUUUCCUCAACUGCCUAGUCGGAAAGUGUGCCAAGAAAGUCCUUAAUUCGGACACUUUGCACGUUUUUCUUCAAACCGAACAAAUGAGAGUAGGAGCUCAUCAAGUGGAGUACACCGAUGAUGAAAUCCCCUUGCGCAGAGGUCCUCAAGCUAAAGAUCUACCGAGCCGCGAAGAUUACACCUCUAUUUCUUCUCACUUGCAAGCCUUCCGUUUCCCUGAGCCCAAGCAAGUUCUAUCCCUUGCUCCACCCCAUCUGAAAACGAAAACCUCUCAGUCAAACCUACACAUGAAUCUUGGCUCCGACGCUGAAAAACCUAUCCCGAAUGACAGUCUUCCCCCUCACGAUCGACGUAGACCUACACUCGAUACCAUGACUAUGAUUGCCGAGCGUCCGCCACCACCCGGUUCAAUACCGGAUCUACAAACCGGGCAGGUUCUCCGUUCAGGCACUUUGAACCGCACCCCAGCUGCACCCAGCGCACGGCUUCCGAACAAAUCCCGGAAUACGCUGAGACCUACCACUGGCGUAGCUCGACCGCCUCCUCUGGCACCUCCUAAACGGCCCACCACAUCCGAUUCCAGGUUACCCCAUGAAGCCAUGCUAAAACUGCCGACGAACAAAGCCGUCUACAGUCCCAACGCCCCCACACCCGCGAGAAGGCCUUCCGAGCUCCUACUCGGUUUUACACGUGAGGCAGAAGCGUCGCAGCCUGCCAGGCCACGCUUGAGAGAAUUCAAGUCGAUGCAAGAUAUCAGGGCUUCAGCCGCUAACGUCAAAGCUGUAGGACGAUCUGGAAAGACCGGUCUACCUGACGCUGGCCGUAACAAUAGCGUUCCCGCUGUUGGGGAGUCUCCUCAAAGGGUUUUGCAAGUGCGAUCUCCAACCAACCCUUGGCAUAGACAUCGGCAAACCCCUUCAGAUUCUAGCUCCAGCUUCGGAUCGUCGCAACUUUCUCCUAUUUCUUCUGUCUUAAGUUCACCAACUGUUACACCAUCUACUUCAAACACCUCAAUCACUCAACCCACCCCUAAUCAGCAAAUCCAGCUCAAGUCAGCCUGCCGUCAUAGUGUUGAUAGUCUUGACCCCCAUACGAUGAACAUUGAUAGCUCGAGUACGCUGACAGUGGUCCCGGAGCGCGAACCGAGUAAAACUGUUGUCCGCCCUCACGUGCCGCCCGCCCCCUUUUACCCUAUCCCUCCCCGCACUACCAAUCAUCCUGCAAAUCCUCUCAAGAUCAACAAAACCGUUGCGCCCUUCCCUCAAUCUCAAAAACGUCCGCACACCUCCGCAGGCAAUGCCAACGGUCUCAAGCCAAGCUCCAUUACCCUGAAAGUGGUUCAUUUGGAAUCUAAAACAAACAUCAUGUUAGCCGUCCAGAAAGGCUUGUUCUCUCUACCACAAGUCAAGUCCAAGAUUCAGAACAAGCUCAAGAUGGCCGCUGAUAUUGAACUCCAGCCUGAUUGGAGGAUCAGGUUGACGAUGGUUGAUCAAGAAGAAUUCGCGAGGGGUGGUGAAGUUGGAGAGGGCAAAGGCGUCGACCAAACCGAAGACGAUGGCUCAAAGUUAUUGGAAUUAAUCAACGGGAAACCCGCCGAUUCGGAAAUUAAAAAGAUCACCCUUAGAAUCUACUAA